AUCUAUCUACCUUACCAUUUACAUGAACGAUUACAUACCAGUCAUAAAACUUGUAUUUUGCAGCUAUUGAUUCACAUAUUAAAAAUAAUUUUCUACACCUCUAAUUAACCAGUAAAUCUUAUCAGUCAGUAAUAAGGUGAUCACAGCAAUAGGUGCCUACGACCUCAAAGAGAAUUGAACUUAUGAUAUUGAGAGAUAACCCUGAGAGCGUUGUCUCACUACUGAUUGUUCAUGGUCUAGUGAACUAAACUGGUCACUUAAUUCUGUUUGGAGACCCAUAAAAUUCAUCGGAAAGGUCUUCAGAAGCUCGAAGAAAUGGCUUAAAAAACUUCGUUAGAUCUUUCAGCAUGGAACUUACAUAAUCCCCAACAGCGUGAUCCAGGUUAUCCUGGUAUGUCUUCUGCAGGUUAUCCAGGAAUGACUCCAGGGGGAUAUCCAGGAUAUCCUGAUUCGUCUGGGGGUUUGCCGAGUUCAAACACAAGUACAUAUCCGGGAAUGUCUUCUGGAGGAUAUUCUGACAUACCAUCAGGAGGUUUUGCAAAUUCAAACACAAUUGGAUAUCCAGCACCUACAAUGAGUGGGUUCGAUGGACAGUCAGGAGCAAAAUUCAAUAAUACACCUUACAAUGCUCAUGGUGGUUUUCCCGAUCAGCGUUUGAACAAUCCAACUGCUCCAUUUUCAAACCAACAAGGUUAUACAAAUCCUUCUUAUGGCAAUAAUCCAUCUGCUACAUCAUAUGUACCAGGUACAACCUCAUUCAAUAUUGAUUAUGCAAAUCAAAUGCAAAGUCCUUAUAUUGCUGGAAAUCCUACUUCACAAAAUUUCCAAACAAACUAUUGUCCAACUAUACCACCAUCAGGUGGAUGUUCGUUUAGUAGCGACCCAGUGAACACAAAUCGAGGAUCUGUAUACCCGAUGUUUAAUGAUUUUCCCACUCCGAUUUCAUCUCAGUCGAAUGAGUUUCCAGGCUCAUGCAGAGUUUAUGGGUUUGCUGAAUCAGCUCCACACGAAGAUAUAAUGGAGCCAACUUUAAGAGCAACACCUAAUUUCUGUGUUGAACGAGACUGUGAACGUUUAAAAAAGGCUAUGGCUGGAUUAGGAGCAAAUGAAAAAGAGAUCAUCGAAGUAAUGGGUCAUCGAUCUGUUGAUCAACGUGUAAUGAUCGUACAAAAAUACAAAUCAAUGUAUGGAAAAGAUUUAUUUGCCAAAUUUAAGUCUGAAUUACAUAAUCACUUAGAAGACUGUGUGAUCGCGUUGUGUUAUUCACCAGCGGAAUUUGAUGCAAUUGAACUUCGUAGAGCAAUGAGAGGAGCUGGUACUGAUGAAGAUGCAUUGAUUGAAAUACUUUGUUCAAGGACAAACGAGCAAAUCAAAAGAAUCAAGGACGUUUAUCCAAAAUUACUCAAUGGACGUAACUUAGAAAAAGAUGUCGACAAUGAUACUACACACCAUUUUAAACGUAUAUGUAUUGCUUUGCUGCAAGCAAAUAGAGAUGAAUCUACAUUUGUAGAUACGAAUCUUGCACGGAGAGACGCGGAAGAUCUAUAUAGAGCAGGGGAGCAAAAAAUAGGAACAGACGAAUCAAAAUUCAUUCACAUCUUGGUUACGCGAUCCUAUGCUCACUUAAGAGCUGUAUUCAAUGAAUAUACAUCACUUGGUAAGCGUAAUAUGGAAGAUGCUUUAAAAUCAGAAAUGCAUGGGCAUACACUCAGUGCCUUACUCUCUAUCGUUCGUUGUAUACAAAAUAAACCACGAUAUUUUGCAGCGAAAUUACUAAAAGCCAUGAAAGGUGCUGGAACAGAUGACAGGACCCUUAUUCGUAUUAUUGUAUCUCGUUGUGAAGUUGAUAUGGGACAAAUUAAAAAAGAGUUUCAUAGUUUAAAAGGGAAAACACUGGAAGCAUGCAUACAUGUAAGUAUGAAUAACAUUUAUUAAGUGAAUAUUGGCAAUUCUUAUUGAAAUCUAACCGCUAUAUAUAUAAUCUACAGGCCAUUUUACACUUUUCAGGACGGUUGACUAUAGAUUGUGAGAAUACGCGCAAUGCCUUAUGUAGCUACACAUUAAGUGUAAAAGCAAACUGAUCUAUAUAAUUAUUGUUCAGGCGGCCUGUUUAAACAUCUGGGC